AUGACUGGAACCCUGCUGACUCUGGUUCUGCUCUGUUGCAUAGUGGUGCUGUGUGAAUGUGAGCCAACUCAGCCAGGGCUAGACAGAGGAGAGAGGGGCUCAGAUGAGGGCAGCAGUAUGCGCCUGGUCCAUCAAACAUCAGACUGGGUGUUCCAGCUGGUCAAUGUGUCCCUGGCCCUCUCCCAGGCAGGGAGCUUCUGCAGGGGCCAGUUCAGCUCCCUCACCACCCUGGGCCAGCCUGAAGACGAGGAGGGAACCCUGGAGCUCAUCAGGCAGGCAGGCCUGCAAGGACCCAUGUGGGUCAGAGACCCCAACAGGCCAAUCAGCAGGUCUCUGGCCCUUGCCAAACAGUAUGUGUUGUUCCAAGCCCUGAACUUCCCCAGGGACUCCCAGGAGGGCUACGGCCGUGUCAACAUGACAUUCCCGGCCCUGCCAGCUGUGAGCGUGUGUGUCCGCGUGCAGUGGGACCCCCAGUGGUACCAGGUGUCCACCAUGUACUCCUACGCCGCGGCCGUCUUCACCAACGAGUUCCAGCUGCGCGGGCAGUUGGACGGGGCAGGACGCAUCCUGCUGGCGCUCAUUGUUCAUGGGCAGCACCGCCCCUACAAGGCAUCCUUCCCCAACGAUGGCGCCUGGCACCACCUCUGUGUCACCUGGCGCAAGACUGACGGCCACUGGGCCAUCUAUGUGGACGGGGAGAGGGGGGACAUGGGCUCCGGGUCUGACACCCCCAGGGACAUACAUGGAGAUGGCAUACUUAUUCUGGGGCAGGAUCAGGACUCGUUUGGAGGGAACUUCACCGAGCCCUUUGUAGGGAAUAUCACAGAUCUGAAUGUCUGGGACACAGCCUUGGAGCAGAGGCAGUUCCAUGCCCUGAAUGGCUGCUCAUCUUUGACCCAGGACACUAUCUUUACCUGGAGUAUAGAUAAUAUGACCCGUCACCCAGUGGUCAGAGAGGUGCCAGCCAUGCUGUUCUGCCCAGCGGUCCACAGGCAGAGGGAGAUGCAGGGCUGCAGGACUCUGGAGGGCUGGUCUAGCCAACAGCUCCCCCUGUAUGACUCUGCAGACUGCUCCACCACACUGCCCUUCAUCUGCAGGACCAGCAGGGAGAGCUAUGUUAAGAUGAAGGAGUUGAGUGAGUCUCAGCGCUCCCAUCCUAGUCCCUUCAUGCACCACCUCAUGCAGAUCUCCAAUGGAACGCAGGGCAUGGAGGGUGUGAUGGGGGGGCAGCCAGGGAUCCAGAUGAGCUGGGGUCAGGCGUCCAGUCUGCUCAACAUGUCCAGGCAGGCCCUGGAGGACACCAGGGAGGGUCUGCAGCCAGGGGACAUGCUGUCCCUGGUCCAGCUGCUAGCGCGGGCUGCAGACGUGCCCACAGACACGGACGCGGAAGGCAACGACAGCCUUGCCACCGUCAGCGCCGGGGAACUCAGCCACACCUUUAUCACUGUGGCUGAUGGCCUCAUCAGCCAGGACAACGCCCCCAAGUGGCAGGCCAUCAAACAGGUGGUGAGUGGACCGAUGGCUGUGGUCAAGAGCAUUGACCGCAUGUUGACCAGUCUGAGCACUCAGCUGAUGACGGAAACGGACCAUCUACUUAUCCACAGGUCCAACAUCAAACUGGAGGUUCAGCAGCAGAGUCUGGGAGAGGGAUCGAGCGGGCCUAAGUUCUGUGGUGCAGACGUAGAGAGCGUCACCAACAUAGACUGUAUCUCAGUCCCCACGCAGAACAUGCAGAAUCUCCAUGACAACGGCUUCCAGAAGGUGACUGUGGUCAACACGUGGUACAGUUCCCUGCGGCCUCUUUUCAACACGGAGGAGAACAUCACCAUGAUUCCCAUCGUCACCGAUGGCAUCCAGAGGUACCUGGGCACCAUCCUGGGCUCCUCUGUCAUCUCUACUACAGUCCUGGGGGACGGACAGCCUGUCAGCAUGGCUGUGCGCUUCCAGCUCCAACACAGAUCUCAAAAUUCUGCAGGGACCGUGUAUGACCCAGUCUGUGCAUUCUGGGACUUUGAUCUGAUGCCAGAGGCAGGUGGGUGGUGGUCUACUAAAGGCUGUGAGGUCAUCUCUAAACACUACGACUCCACUGUCUGCUUCUGCAACCACACCACCAACUUUGCCCUGCUGCUGCAAGUCUAUGAAGUCCAGAGGAGUCCAGAGAGUGAGAGAGCCCUCCAGGUCAUGACGUUCAUCGGCUGUGGAGUGUCCCUGUGUGGCUUACUCUUCACCUUCAUCCUCUUCUUUGCUGUGGGAGUUCCUAAGUCUGACCGCACCACUGUCCACAAGAACCUGAUCAUGGCUCUGGGGAUAGCUGAGCUGCUGCUGAUGUGCAGUGACUGGGCCUCUGCUAACGAGGGGGCAUGUCUGCUGGUGACGGCCCUGCUGCACCUCUUCUUCAUGGCCUCCUUCUCCUGGAUGCUGGUGGAGGGGCUGCUGCUGUGGAGUAAGGUGGUGUCUGUCAACAUCAGCGAAGACCGCCGGAUGAAGAUGUACUACGGCAUUGGCUGGGGUCUGCCUGUUGUGAUUGUUGGUGUAACCUUGACGAUAUCCCUGGACAAGUACAAAGCAGACAGUCACUGUUGGCUCAAUGUCGAGACUGAUAUGAUUUGGGCUUUUGUGGGACCUGUUCUUUUAAUCUUGGCCGUCAAUGCAGUGGUGCUGUGCCGUGUUGUCAUGGUGACGGUGUCCAGCGCUCGUCGUCGCGUAAAGAAGCACACUCCCAGUUCAGCAUCUAAACUCCACACCUUUGACCUGACCUGGGCUGUGACACGACCAGUCCUUAUUCUACUGCCGGUGCUGGGCCUGACCUGGCUGUGUGGAGUCCUGGUGCACCUCUCCAUGGUGGUGGCGUACGUCUUCAUUGCUCUCAAUGCCUUUCAGGGCCUGUACAUAUUCUUGGUGUAUGCGGUUUACAAUAGUGAGGUGAGGAAUGCCAUUAAGAGGAUCAAAGAGAAGAGGAAAGCCUUGUCUUUCACGAACUGUUCCCAGCCAAUCAGCUUCCUGCCAUCCCAGAGGGGUCCGGCCCAGUCAUGGACACACAGUCUGCCCCGUCCCUCCAGCCCAGAGACCAGCGAGACCUCAGGCCCCGGCAGCACCACCUCUACCUCACUGGUCAUCAAGAACGAGAGUUAUGGAAAAGAAAGUAGUUUUGUGAGCUUCUCCUUGAAACCAGCAUCAGGAAACCAGGUGGUUCAACUGACUGCUUUCAAGCCUUCAGGCUGCUGAUGGAAUUGGACACCAAGGCACAUGUAUCAUAUAAACUGGUGGAAAGAAAGAAGAAUUGCACAGUGAAUAUCACAAACAGAUACACACAAUAGAUGCAUCUACUCUCAUACAUAUAUAGUAGUAGAUAGUGUAAAUAGACACACAUUCACACACACACGCACGCACGCACCCACCCACCCACCCACCCACGCACGCACCCACGCACGCACGCACGCACGCACGCACGCACGCACGCACGCACGCACGCACGCACGCACGCACGCACACACACACACACACACACACACACACACACACACACACACACACACACACACACACACACACACACACACACUACAUACAGAAUUAAAGACUCAAAUAUGUACUCGCAAGCACGCACACACACACAGAGUGUGUGAUGCAGGAAGCGUAUUUUAGGAGGACAGCUCCUCCUCCACAGUGCCCCAGGGUCAGGAAUCAUCUGCUGUUUAUGAAAUGGCUGUUUUACAGAGGCAACACAACGUUUGUCUUGUGCAUGUAGAUUUCAGUUUAAUUUUCUGUUGGAGAGUGGCUGAUCACACCUUCAGGCUUUUUUACAAUAAUAUUUGUGUGUGUGUGUGUGUGUGUGUGUGUGUGUGUGUGUGUGUGUGUGUGUGUGUGUGUGUGUGUGUGUGUGUGUGUGUGUGUGCGUGCGUGUACUUUUUGUUUUUACAGACAUAACUAGACAGUAGUUAUCACUGUAAACUGGAUAUAAACCUUUGAAUCUAGGAUUAAAGGGUUUUACUACUGUAAGAAAUCAUAUGACCAGACAACAAGAUUGUGUUGUCAGUGUGAGAACGUGGAUAGUAGGAUGACAGAUCAUCUCAUAGAUCAACAGUAUUAGAUAGUAGAGAUCGGCUGCUGACUUACUGUGGACUGACUGGGCAGCUCAUAAAGAGACUUUAUGAAGCCUAUCACCUGUUGUCCACCUACUUUAUCACCAGACAACCACUAUGUGUAUUUGAGACUGUGCUAGUUGCAGCUUGGCUGUCUCCCCAAGUCUUUCCUCCCUCCCCUGGCCUCCCCUACCUUACAACAAGCAGCAGAAAUCCUGGCCUCUCCCUAUCUCCACUACAGGAAGGUGCGCUCUGAACUGAGACACAUUAUUCACUACAGCUCAAAUGGUUGCAUGAAACGAUUUAGAUCCCACAGGGAAUAUACUGUACUUUCUCGUUUGAUGUAAUUUUAUACUGUUAUGAUAUGGGGGGGGGGUUAGUGUUAGGACAGAUAAGCACACUACCAAUCACUUCCACACCUCAUGCCCAGGGGGCGGGAGCUCCCUGGCUCAAGUGCUCAGCCAGGAAGUCUUGUGGAUCCUUGUUAAGUGUUGAUUGGAAACAAGAGUGAGCCAGCUUGCAGAGCAGUGAGGCUGCUGGGUUUUCUUGGUAGCCAUGUGCACCCUUGACUUUGUUUAGAAUUUUUUUUUUUGGUAAUGUUUUUUCCUUUUUGUAUAUAUUUAUUUUCAUCACCUCUUUGAACAAUCAAAGAGGUCAUGAAGGAGCUGCCCAUGGAUCUAAGGUUGCUGUCUCCUGGGUACAUGUACAUACAACACUGUCCUCAUGCACUGAUUUCUCACAUAUAUACACAUCUUAAAUUAGGUUAGAGACCAGUUGACUAGACCUAAGACUUAGCGAGUGCAACAGUAUUAGCAUGCUAGUUCAUCUGUUUCGUGACAAUACAUUUUAAGAUUUGUAUGAAAACGAUAGGUUUUCCGAAGCCCUUAUACUUUGUUCCUCAAAAGUAUUGUUUAAUUACUGUUAAUGGCCUCCAAUCUUUGUGCCCUUUGUAGUCAUUGGCUGAAAUGUACAUUUACACAUGUAUUUGUGAAGUAGCCCUGGCUUAUCAGCCAAAAAUCACAAACUUUCACGUUACUAGGAAUGACAUUAUCAUGACUCAUAAAUUGCUGCCACUAUCCUGGAUAGCCUCCCGGGUAUUUUAAAAGAAUGUAUUAGGUAUAUAUGACCCCAAUGUCAUUGAUCAAUUGCAGGGUGGUUCAAUAGAAAUGGGCAACACAUAAGUAGAGCUUUACUUAAUAGCAUUUAUUGGUUUGAUGCUAAUUACAAUAAAAUAUAUU